UCUUGUGGCAGAUUUUCAGUUAUCAUCAUCACCACCAAAUUCUCAGUGUUCUUCUGCUUCUUGUACAGCUGCAACAACCGGGAAACAUUUUUCAGACAACAGAGAUACAAGUAAGACACCAUUUGUCGCUAUUCAGCUGCCCAUGUUCUUGUGAUUGGUGGGGCAGUUCCAGUUUCUUGAUUCCAUGGCUUUGUUCUUCAAGUUCAAUUGAUCUUGGAAAGAAAAGAAAGGAAAGAAAAACGGCAGAAAUGGGUAUGUUCUCUGCCCAAACCCAUGGGCUCAAAUUCACCGCAACUUCAUCGAUAUCGACAUCUGAAAUGGCGUGCCAGCCACCCCUGCACAAGAGAGUGAUUGUAGAUUCGAGAGGUGUUUCUUCAAGACAGAGCUCUUUCCUCGGGGGUCAAUUUCGAAGGCAGCUCCUUUUGGGAUAUGAUAACGUGAGCAAUUCCCGGAGGCAUCGGGCAGGGGUUUUAUUCUCGCCAAGCUGCGUGCUCCCACUAACUGAAGAGAAUGUGGAAAAGGUUCUGCACGAGGUGAGGCCGGGCUUGAUGGCGGACGGGGGAAACGUGGCACUCCAUGAGAUAGACGGCCUUAUCGUGGUGCUGAAGCUCCAGGGAGCGUGCGGGUCGUGCCCAAGCUCCACGAUGACCCUGAAAAUGGGAAUUGAAACUCGGCUUCGGGAUAAAAUACCUGAAAUCAUGGCUGUAGAGCAGAUCGUGGACACUGAAACUGGGUUAGAGCUGAAUGAAGAGAACAUUGAAAAGGUUCUUUCCGAGAUACGACCAUAUCUUGCAGGCACGGGAGGGGGAGUGCUCGAGCUGGUUCAGAUCGAUGAUUACGUCAUCAAGGUUAGAUUGAGUGGCCCUGCAGCAGGGGUUAUGACAGUUCGUGUCGCUCUCACACAGAAACUGAGGGAAAAGAUUCCUGCCAUCGCCGCUGUUCAGUUGAUAGAUUAACAAAACAAUAUCAUUCUUUACAUUCUGUAUAUGUACAUCUGGAAGAUUUACGUAAGGGAGCAACAAAAAAAAAAAAAAAAAAAAAUAUAUAUAUAUAUAUAUAUAUAUAUAUUUCCAUGGGACUAUUAAUCCGGCGGGAUAUAAAAAGGGAUGCCUAGACCGCUGAACCGGCGGGAUAUAAAAAGGGACGCCUAGACCGCUGAUCCGGCGGGAUAUAAAAUGGACGCUUAGACCGUUAAUCCGGCGAGAUACAAAAAUGGACGCUUAGACCGCUGAUCCGGCGGGAUACAAAAAGGGACACUUAAACCGCUGAUCCGACGGGAUAUAAAAUGAAUGUUUAGACCGCUGAUCCCGCGGGAUACAAAAAGGGACGCCUACACCGGUGAUCCGGUGGGAUAUGAAAAAGGACGUCUAGACCGGUGAUCCGGCGGAAUAUAAAAUGGACGCCUAGACUCUUAUUGUCGGAGGAAAAUGGGUAGCCCCCACUUAUGAGAAAUGAAAUGAGGAAUUUAUGGAUAUGAGUGCAAGGUCACUGUACCGUCACAACUUUGUUGCGAGAAAAUGCAAUCCUAUAGCUAUAUUGAUUGAUUGUACUGUAUAUUGUUUGUGUGAUCUGAUUGCUAUAAAUGUGAUGAUUGUUGAGGUUGUCUGAAGGUAUUCAGUGAAAGCCGUGUUAUUGUUAGAGCUUGAUGGAGUCAGUGUAUGAGUGUUAAGUGGUGCUGAGUUAAUGAUUAAUUAUAAUAUUAUUAUAUGGUUAUAAAGAAAAUUGAUUAUUUAA